UCGGAGCAACGGCCGGUCAGGUAAUUGCGGUUUGUACUCCUGUGAUUUGGUUUUCAGGGCGAGGAGAGUUCCCGAGGGAGCUUUACUCCAGUUCCCGAGGGAGCUUUACUGCAGGGGACCUCAAAAGAGUCUUUUCUCUUCAGUGUAGCAGUAUCAGCCCAAGACUGAACAAUGGCUCCCAAAACUCAAAAACAAAAGAGCACGAUGGGUGGCCGUAAAAAGCAAAAGCAUGGCAAAAAAACCCCAUUACCUGAUCAUGAAGAAGAGAUGCCUGUAUCUAUGGAGAGCUUGGGUCAUCCAGAAGUUUAUCCUAUAGUGUUAACUACCAAAACCCAGGAAAUAUUUAACUGUCGAAUAGAUGAAGAUGUCACAGAUAAACAACCUUAUAAACUUAUCAGAAAAGAACAUAUUAUUGAGGACUUGGUUAAUAGAGCUGCAGUAUCUGAUUUCUACCCAGUCAAAAAAAUUGUCCGGGAAUAUCCUGGAGAUGAGCUUCUGCUUGUUUAUGAUAAAGACUUCAAAUUUGGACUUAACUUUUUUCUUAUUGGAACUGAAGAGGGCAAAGAAAACUAUUUAAAUGCCCCAGAAGUACCAGAAGAACAGGAAGAAUAUAAAGAAUAUAUCCCUGAAGACAUAUAUAUUUAUAAACCACCUGUCUCUAAACCAUGGGUUUCUCUGGGCAGUGAAAAAGAAAUAGAGGAAGAAUCAGUUAAGGAAUCUACAAAGCAGAUUACAUACAUGAUUUCUCGAAAACGAAGUGAAUUUGGUUCACCGAUUAAGUUCAGGGACCAAAAUGCUUCCAGUGUAAAAGAUGGCUAUAUUGAAUGCACAUCCUACCCAGAUAAAAAUUUUACCAUUAAGCAACUUGAGAAAGAUGUUGGCAUGCAAGUAGUCCCCCAAACAAAGGAUAUAAGUACUCAGACCAAAUGGGCAUAUCCCAAAAAUGCUGCUAUACAAUAUUAUCCGAGAGAAUUCUCAGAAGAGGAAAAAGAGACACAAGGAAAAUCAAAAAAUUUGACUGAUUUUCUUAACAAUGUAUCUGUGAGUGUUGAAAUAGCCCUGCAGCAAAAUGAAAUCAUGAACACAUUUAUUGAUGACUGGAAACAUCUGGCUGAAGAAGAAGGCACCUUUGGGGACAAGACCGAUACCCACCUGAAAGAGUACCAGUCUUUCACUGACCUUCAUAAUCUAAUGGAGAAAACCAUUACCUGCAUCUCAUGGCAUCCAACUAUCUAUGGGCUAAUAGCUGUGUCGGUGGCCGUGAGGCUCUCCUUGGAAGACAGAGCCCACUUUUCUGGCAAGUUAUUGCUGCAACCAUCACUGAUUCUUUUCUGGAGCUUCUCUGACCCCAUACAUCCACAGUUAAUGCUGGAGAGCCCAGAUGACAUCUUCUGCUUCAAGUUCUGUCCAACUGACCCUAAUAUCAUUGCUGGAGGCUGUAUAAAUGGACAGAUAGUCCUGUGGGAUAUUUCUGCACAUGCUGAUCGCAUAGAGAACAUUAAGACAGGUGGUAGCAGAAGUAAAAAAGUCACACUCAAGCCCAUGUUUCUCCUUGAACCAGAUAGUAAUAAAGAAACUAUGUAUAUCAGACAUUGUGCUGUCUCCUCAAUAGAAAAUGGGCAUAAGAAAGUGAUUACAGAUAUACAUUGGCUGUCUGACACAUUCGAGAUUAACAGGAUGGGUUCUGUCUUUGAGAAUCGAAGUGGAAUAUGCUGUCAACUUGUAACAUGUUCAGCAGAUUGCACAAUGUGUUUUUGGGAUAUCAGACCACAGAAAGCUUUAACUCCCCAGCCAGUGGAGAGAAGGAAAGAAGAAAUGAUUGAAAUUCCAUUCGAUAUACCUUCUACUUUUUUGCAUCUAGAUCUCUCCUGGAAACCUCUCACUAAGUUAAGGCUGUCUAAGGGUGAGACAAGUUUAGACCACUGCCCCAUCAAGAUAAGCCUGAAUGAAGAACACCUUCUGUACAAAACACAAGCCCAGAGCAAAGCAGAGAAAACAGAGGAAAUGGACCUAUACCAGAAUCUGGAAGCCGGGUUGGCUAAUACUCUGAAGCCAAUAGAUGAUUUCUGCACAAAGUUCUUUGUGGGAACAGAGGAAGGUGAAGUAAUAUACACAGAUUGGAAAAUGGAAAGAGACCACGAAACCGGACGAUUGAUGACAAAGAAGCCAGUAAACCUGUGCACUGUCCAUGAUGGAGCUGUCCACACUCUCCAGAGAUCACCAUUUUACAAUGACAUUCUCCUCACCAUUGGGGGAUGGAACGUUGCCAUCUGGAAAGAAGGUGUUAUGACUGGACCUCUCCUUCAGUCAUGCUGUGCACCAAAAAGGUAUACCUCAGGCCACUGGUCCCUGACAAGGCCCGGAGUUUUCUAUAUUGGCCGAGAAGAUGGAUAUGUCGAUAUCUGGGACCUUCUGGAGAAAACCCACGAACCAGCCCACUCACAAAACAUCUGCUUAACAAUGAUCACCUACAUCAUACCCUGGACCUUUUCUUCUAAGCAGCAAUUUUUAGCCAUAGCUGAUUAUUAUGGAACGCUGCAUAUAUUAGAAAUUCCUUGGACAUUAAGUCACCCUUCCACCGAUGAGGUAGCGAGUAUAAACUACUACUUUGAAAGAGAAGUCAAGCAUCUGGACUAUGUGGAGCAGCGCAGGAAAAUUCGUGAGCAAGAACAGCGAGAAAUGGGGCUGGAAAUGGAGAAGAAAAAAGUUGUCUCAUCACUUCACCAGCCUGUUGCUGAUGAGGUCGCAUCAGUGGCAAUAGCCCAGUUUCAAGGGAUCUUGCCCCAUCUGCUCAUCCAGGAUCUCACCAUCUGCAAAGUGCCCUCAGGUUGAAAGAGCAUGCUAUGUUCCAGGCAAAAAUCAACAAAAACACCUUUAUAAUUGCAUAGAUGCUGGCAAAAUUCUUGAUUUACAAGUCUAAAGAAGAAAUCCUGUUGCCCAGACAGAAAUAAACAUAAACACAAAACCAAAAAGGACAGAUUAUACACAGAGGAGCAAACACAGGGAGUCCAGUCUCCUCUGCACCCCAACGACCAUGGUAAGAUAAUGGAGCAUCAGCUACAGAAUUUAAGGGGAAAAGGUUGCAAUCUCUCAAGUCUACACUCAGCUAAAUGCUCAUUCUUGCAUGAAGGCACUAACAGAAUAUCCUUAGAAAAGUAAAGGUGGCAAAAUAUAUACCUCAAGCAAAUGAGAGAAAUGAGAUUACAAGCUUGAAAAUGAAAAUUAUGAGGGAAAACUGGUGAACACUGAAACUAAACACACAGAUGAGUCUAAAAAAAAUUGUCAGUUGGUUUUAUAAAGCAAAUACAAGUAGGAAAAAAUAGUUCUUGAAAGAGUAGACCUAUUUUGAAUAAAUUUCACAAUAAUUUGAAACCUCGAUAUGGCAGUAAAACUGCACACUUUUCACAGGUAUCCUAGGAGUAUAAUUUAAGAAUUUUAUAUUUAAGUAAGGGUAUAUUUCCACUAUGCCAGUUAUAUUUUUUAAAUUCUAAAAUAGAGUACUUAUCUUUACUCCUAAAAAUCUGAAGCAAUUGAGGGACAAGUGAUAGCCUUUUCAACAAAUUGGCAUUCACAGGCAAAAAAAAUGUAAACCUUAACCUAAAACUCACAUCUUAUUACAAAAGGUAACUUAAAAUGGAUCAUGGACUUAAAAGUAAAACAGAAACCUAUGAAGGUUUUAAGAAAAAUAUAAGAGAAAAUCUUUGGGACCCAGGAAUAGACAAAGUGUUCCUAGACUUGACACCUGCAGUGGGUUGACUAUUGUUGUCUCUUCUCCCCCAUCCCCCAAAAAAUCUAUGUUCACCAAGAACUUCAAAGGCAACCUAGGGUCUUUGCAGAUAUAAUUAGUUAAGGAUCUCAAGAAGUCAUCCUGAACGUAGAGUGGUCCUGAAAUCCAAUGACUAGUACCUUUAUAAAAGAAAGGAGACGGAGAUGUGGAGACAGACACCAUGUGAAGAUGAAUUCAGAGCUUGGAGAGAUGCUCUACAAGUCACCGAAUGCCAAGAGUCUCCAGUAACCAGAAGAGGCUAAGAGAGAGGCAGAAAACAACUUCUCCUUCAGAGAAAAAGCACCCACCUGGCCAACACCUUGAUUUCAGACCUCUGGCCUCCUAAACUGUGAGAGAAUAAUUUCUGUCGUUUUAAGCCACCCAGUGUGUGGCAAUUUGUUACAGCAGCCCUGGGAAACGAAUACAACACCAAAAACAGGAUCCAAAAACUUGCUCCUUGAUAAAACUUUUCCUCUGUGAAAGAUUCUGUUAAGAGUAUGAAAAGACAAGCUACAGACUUCAAGAAAAAUAUUUGUAAGCCAUAUAGCUGACAAAGGAAGGGAUGUAAUAAUACAUCUUAUGAAAUGCUGUGUUAGACACUGUUAUAUAUAUAGACUUACCUAAUCCUCACAGUUCCCUAAUGGAGUACCAAGCAUUAUAAUUUCCAUUUUAUUAACAGGGAAACUGAAGCACAGAGAGGUUAAUAAUUUACCAAAAGUCACACAGCAAGUAGUUGGCAGAGCCAGGACUUGAACCUGGAUAAUCCUGCCUACAGUUCACGCUCUUAACUCCUAGACUGCCUCUGCUUGCAUGAAGUUGUGCAUUCCAGCACUGUUUAUCAUAGUGGAAAAUGGAAACAACCAAUAUGUCCAUCAGUGAGGGCUGAUUAUGUAAAUCAUUGAAGGUCUAUAAAAGGUAAUACUAUAAAUUCAUUAAAAUGAAGAUGUGGAUCUAUAUUUAUUAACCAGGAAAAAUCCCCAGGAUAUAGCGUUGAUCAGAAUAGCACAUAUGAUUCCAUUUUUGUAAAAUGCCAUGCAUGCAACUACAUAUAUUGACUGUAGGAUGUCUGAAAGUGUAUUCACCAACCAGUAGUCUAACCAUCUUUGUGUGUUCAGAGAUCCUUUUCCAAAUUGUUUGAGUUUUUUAAACAAAUUAUAUAUAUAUUAAUACAACAUAGCCAGUUUAAAAAAAUCCAUUAGGAACAGCUUUGAAUAAAUGUCAUGCAAGUUAUUAGAGAAAUACUUCUGAUGACUGUAAGCAUUUUAAUUUAUUUGUAUCAUCAAAACUCUUACUCAUGGACAUGUGCUUUAGAAAAGAAUGAAUAUCUGCUAGCAUUUGCAAAACAGUGUUCUGAGCUUGGAAAUGCCUAGGUUGCUUUAUUUGUGCCAUCAACUACCCCAAAGAAUCCACAGCUAGAGCAGACAGUCACAGCCUUGACUGCCCAUGAGAAUCACCUGUGAAGACUGUAAAAGGACAGCGGUAUUACUAAGGUUCAGAAUCAAUGGUCAGAAGGGGGAGACACAGGAAAACAAGCAAUUACAGGAAGGCUAUUGAUCCUCACUGCUAUGAGAAAUACCUUCUGAAUUGAAGCCUGAAGAGUAGCCAGGUGGAAAGGCUUUGGGGAGGCAGGGGCUCGGCAGGAGCUCUCAGCUGUGGCACUACGGAGUUUGGGACUGGGUAAUUCUUUUUUUCUGGGGGCUGCCCUGUAUAUUGUAGGAUGUUUAGCAGCAUCUUUGGCCCCUACUCACUAGAUGCCAGGAGCACCUCCUCAGCUGUGACAACCAAAAAUGUCUCCAGACUUUGCCAGAUGUCCCUUAGGGGGGCAAAAUCACCUCUUCCGAUCCCUGACCAUGGGCUGGAAGGAAAACAGGGAGUUUCCUGGAGGGAGAACCACACUGCAAAGACUUGGGACUGUAUCCAAGCAAAGCCCUAAGAUUUCCUUGCAGUUAGGUUGUGGUGGGGCAGGCACAGAAGAGGUGAUGUUUCGGAGAAAAGAAAUUGCCACAUGAUGGGAGGCAGCGAUGCAAGUCAAAGACCCCAAGUUUGGGGCAAGCAACAUCUGACUUCAGGAAGAAAGCAUGGCCUUGCUGAUGCCUUGAUUUGAGUCUUCCAGCCUUCCAGCCCAUGAGCCAAUAAUUUCCUGUUGUUAAGCCAAUCCAUAGUGUGGCAUUUGUCAUAACGACCUGGAAAACUUAAACAGGGGGAAUAUCAAGUUGCAUAACAGUAUGUGUAAUAUGAUCCCAGGUAUAUAAAAAUGUAUAUGUGUUCAUACAAAUAUAGAGACAUUUGUAUUUCUCUGUGUGUGCAUAGAAAUGUCUGGAAGUGGUAACCAUCAAAAUGUGAGCCCUACCGAUAGUGUUCUAAAUGUUUUAAAUAUUAUUAACUUGCUUAAUUCCCUCAACAGUUCUAUGAGGUGAUGGGUACUAUUGUUGUUCCCAUUUGUGUUAGUCCUCCAACUUUGCUCUUCUUUUUCAAAGUUGUUUCUGUCUACUCUAGGUCCUUCAUGUGUGUAUUUACAUUAAUUUACAUAUGAAAUUCUGACUUUUAUAAAACUCCCACUAGCUGAUUUGUUAGGGCCCCAACUCCUUUGUAACUUGGGCCCUGUAUAAAUGCCUUAAGGACAUAACUGUUAAUGGCCGAAGUAUUAUUCAGUGGUGGCGGAGGAUGUACAUAUGGGGACCUGAGUUGGUGAAUACAAGAGCUGACAAUCUUUCAGAAAUGAACGUGCCAUGGAGGGAUGGAACUGUAGCCGCAGCAUCAAGGAAGUCCUCUGUUAACUGAAAGAAUAAGAGAAACUAAG